AUGGAGAGAGUGUUCCAAUUGGCGGCGGAGAGGCCGGUGGUGAUGUUCAGUAAGAGCACUUGCUGCAUGUGCCACACCAUCAACACCUUGUUCUCCGACUUCGGGGUCCACACCACGGUCUACGAGCUCGACGAGAUGCCACGUGGCAGGGAGAUCGAGCAGGCACUGGCUCGACAUGUCGGUGCCGGCAGUGACUUCCCCGUGGUGUUCAUCGGCGGGAAGCUCGUUGGUGGUGCUAAUGAGAUCAUGACCCUUCAUCUCAACGGUUCCUUGUCUACCAUGCUCAAACGAGCUGGUGCGUUGUGGCUCUGA